AUGUCACUGCCUACACCCGACGAAUAUGACCGAUUUGCGCGUGCUGCACGGUGUAUCCUGCAGGCUUAUCGCACCUGCCUCGCGCUCAAGAUCGUGCACCAGGAGGUUCACAAGUCGAGCACAGACGUCGCUUUGGAUAUUAAGACACUCGAAGAGGAAUUGGCAAAGUAUGAGAAGGCGUAUGAAGUUGAGGUCAAGAAACUUCUACCGUUUCCGAUCAGUGAGCAGGCUCCUCACGACUCCGACGGGGAAAUGCCAUGUGAGGAGGAUCGUGACGAGCAAGACGAUCAAGAGAUAAACGAUGAGCCUCCUAUGGAGGUUUCCGAUGCUCCCCAGUUGGAACAACAACCCGACGUAGAGAGGGCGGAGAAUGGAAGCGCAGAACUCGGCACCGACGACCUUGCUGAUUGGGAUAAGAUCCCAGACGAACGUGCACGAGCUCAUAUGGCUCAAGUGGACGUGAUCGACGACGAUAGUAUGAUGGCCGUCGCUGACAUUGACCAAGGUAACGAGCGAAUGGAUUCCGAAGACGCAUCAGUGCACACUCAACAAGAGAACGCCACACCUGGGGGAAGAAUGCCAACUUUUGGAUCAGUUAAGGAGGUGCAAGUCGUCACCCUUCAGAGCGACCAGAGCCUUGAUGAUAAUGAAGAGAGUGAAGACGCGGAGCCCUCGGAGAGGAAAAGGGUUUCGUUUCAGGAGACAUCAGACGGUGAUAUCCAGUCAGUCAUCGAGUUCGAAGAGCACGCACAGGACGACGGCACCCACCGAAGAAGGCGUGUUCAAGAUUUAGCUGAUGUUCGAAGUCGAUGGAUGUAUAUUGAAGAAACCGAUGAUGCAGAAAACACUACGCCCGAGAAGACUGACGUUCCAGACAGUGCGUUGAAUAUGCCACAAGAAGAGGACAGGGAUGUCAUCAUCAUUGGAAGUGGGCCUUCAGGGGACAUGGCCGAGGGGUAUGCCAUGGACGCACCCCAACUCAGCGUAGCGUCUGGGCCGACAAUCAGCUCACCUGCCCCAAGUCCGCCUCCGAGUUCUGCGCCGUCUACAACGCCUCGUACGUGGACAGACACGCAUCACGUCAGUGAGGCUUCGAAGUCUCCAUGCAUCUAA